CGUGGAUACCUCAACCACGGCCUUGGCAUAUCAAUUUCUGCACUUCCUUCUGAAUUUCUAACAAUCCCAACCAAAAAUUCUAUGGAAGGAGAAAAAUGAAGAGAAUUUGAGAUUUAGCAUUGGUCUUGGGCCGAAAUGGAUUUCUGGAACAAGGCUCGCUGCUUCGCUGAGGAAGCAGCGAAACGCUCCUCGGAGAUAACAAAGGAAGCCGCUCGCCGCUCGUCGGAGCUUUCUAUAGGCCCCGCGAAGCUCGGAGAUGUAGUAACGGAGGCUAUGAAACGCUCGAAGGAGAUCGCGGCUGAGGCGUCCAAACGGGCCGAAGAAAUCAGAGCCGAAGCCGCGAAGCAAGCCGAAAUCAUCAAGAAGUCGCUCGCCGAGGGGGUAGCGCCGCCAGAAAACCCGGAGGGGAUGGUGGAAAGAGACAAGGAAUUGGAGAGGUUUGGGAUUACUGAAGAGUUUAGGGAUUUUGUUAAGGGCAUUACUAUGAGCACCUUUCAAGAUUUUCCUUUACCUGAUGAUUCCCCAAUGUCUGAUGUUCCCACAGUCUCAAAUGUAAGGCAGGAUCUUACAGAAUGGCAAGAAAAACAUGCCAAGCUUGUACUUUCAGCAGUUAAGGAAAUAUCAAAGUUAAGAUUCGAGUUGUGCCCGCGUGUUAUGAGAGAGAGGAAAUUCUGGAGGAUAUACUUUAUACUGGUAAACAGUCAUGUUGCAUCGUAUGAGAAGCAGUAUAUGGAAGAGGUUGAACGAAACACGGCAGAAAAAGUCCUGGAUAAAAAAGUGAAGGAAUCUUCAAACAUUGAAAUGACAUCUCAACCACAGGCAAAGGGAUCCAAACUGCAUAAUGAAACUUCAAUCACAUUUACGGAGCAAGACCUGGAUGCAUUUCUUUUGGGUGGUGACAGUGAUGAAGAUGACGAAGGCCCUGAGGAUGGAGAUGAGGGCUUCGAUGAUGAUUUUGGUAAAAUGUCUGACAGUUUGGUAUACCCUCAUCAUGCAGGAUGGUGAGAAGGUCAAAUCACAGAAGAUCUGAAACCGGUCUCAAUAUGGUGAAUCAUUGCCAUUAGAUCUGGAAGAUGUCUGGAUGUUGCUGAUUAUAACAUUUUCUGUAGAAUAAAGGGGCUGGCAGGUGAUUCAUAUAACACAGGAAACCAUUGGUGUUUCUUUUUGCGCAUUCUCGUCUACGAAAGCGGUCAAGACAUGGUCAAUCGUGCAUCCGGGUUAUGUUUGUCUUAUAGUUUAUAUUUAUAAUCAUUUUUAUAAAGUUAUUAAUAAUUCAUGU